AACAGAUCUGACGUGAAACUUCUGAUUAAUUUUAGGCGUGUUUUUUAUCAGUAUCUCUUGAUAAAAAAGGGGGGAAGCAAUAAUUUAGUUGCUUAGUUAAACGUAAGUUACAUAAAAUCAGGCCUGUUGUUCAAAUUUUAAAUUAAAAGAAUACUACAAUAUGAGGGAAGUUAUUAAUAUCCAUGUUGGUCAAGCUGGUGUGCAGAUGGGCAAUGCCUGUUGGGAACUCUACUGUUUGGAGCAUGGCAUUCAAGUUGAUGGGAAAAUGCCUGAGGAUCCCUCUUAUGGGGCUAUUGAAGAAUCCUUUUCUACCUUUUUCAAUGAAACAGGAGCUGGAAGAUAUGUACCCAGAGCUGUUUUUGUUGACUUGGAGCCUACUGUUCUUGAUGAAGUUCGUACUGGAAUUUACCGCCAACUGUAUCAUCCAGAACAAUUAAUAUCCGGCAAAGAAGAUGCUGCAAAUAAUUAUGCACGAGGACACUAUACUAUUGGCAAGGAAAUUAUUGAUUUGGUUUUAGACCGCAUCCGCAGACUAGCUGAUCAGUGCAGUGGGCUGCAAGGAUUUCUCAUUUUCCACAGCUUUGGUGGUGGAACAGGAUCUGGUUUUACAUCUUUAUUGAUGGAGAGAUUGUCUGUUGAUUAUGGAAAGAAGGCCAAAUUAGAAUUCUCUGUUUAUCCUGCUCCACAGGUUUCUACAGCUGUUGUAGAACCCUACAAUUCUAUACUAACUACUCAUACUACUUUGGAACACUCUGACUGUUCUUUUAUGGUAGAUAAUGAAGCCAUUUAUGAAAUCUGUCACAGAAACCUUGACAUUGAACGACCAUCGUAUACUAAUUUGAAUCGAUUAAUAAGUCAGAUAGUUUCAUCUAUUACUGCUUCCCUGCGCUUUGAUGGUGCUCUAAAUGUGGACCUUACUGAAUUUCAAACUAAUUUAGUCCCUUAUCCAAGAAUUCAUUUUCCAUUGGUGACCUAUGCACCAGUGAUUUCUGCUCAAAAGGCUUAUCAUGAACAAUUUACUGUUUCUGAGAUUACAAGUGCCUGCUUUGAAGCUAAUAAUCAGUUGGUUAAGUGUGAUCCACAUCAAGGGAAGUACAUGGCCUGCUGCAUGCUGUACAGAGGAGAUGUUGUUCCCAAGGACGUCAAUGCUGCCAUUGCUGCUAUUAAAAGCAGGCGCAACAUUCAAUUUGUUGACUGGUGCCCUACUGGAUUCAAGGUUGGCAUCAACUAUCAACCGCCUACUGUUGUACCUGGUGGUGAUCUUGCUAAAGUCCCCAGAGCGGUUUGUAUGCUCUCCAACACCACAGCUAUUGCUGAGGCAUGGUCCCGAUUGAAUCAUAAAUUUGAUCUGAUGUAUGCCAAAAGAGCUUUUGUGCACUGGUAUGUUGGUGAAGGUAUGGAGGAAGGUGAAUUUGCUGAAGCAAGAGAAGAUUUAGCGGCUUUAGAAAAAGAUUAUGAAGAGGUUGGCAUGGAUUCCCAAGAAGAUAUAAUUGAAGAUGAUGAGUUUUGAUGCAUAUAUAUAUUUUCAAAUCAAAAGUUAUUGUUAUAUAUUUCAUAGCUUAUAUUUUUAUAAAUAUAUAAAAUAAAAAAGUUAAAUAUAUGUAAUAAAAAUAUUGCCUGUAUUCAAAUGGAUGCAACACUGAUCAAACUGGGUUGUACAUUUUUCAUAGGGAUUGUCAGGCACUUGCUCUGGAAUACUUGAAAAGUUAACGAUGAAUGCCAAAUGCUAAUUGAGCACACUCCAGAUUUUGCCAUUUAAGUAAUGAAAUGUUAAAAGGAAACGCACUGUUCCUCAUCCCAUGCCAGCAUUGCUACUGAAACAGAGGUAUCCAGUAAUUUGUCUCGAGAAGCCUGUAACCUUUUUAUUUUGUGGAAGUAAAAAAUAUUUUUUCAAAAUUUACUUUCUUUUGGGCGGGGGGGAUAUUUAACUUAAAAUCAGAAUAUAAAGAAAGCAUUAAUUUUUGCAUUGAGAUAAGUAUUUAAAAAUGUUAUAAAAAAGCUAAACAUUUGGGAGAAUUUUCAAAAGUGAUUCUGUAGAGAAGGUUUUAUUUUUGCAUUCAAAAAUUGUAUAAAAGACCCAGAUCCAAAACUGCCUAGCUUGCAUAAAAUCUUUCAUGUACACACUAGUAGACAAAUAAAACAUAAUAAAAACUUAAAGUUGCAUAUAGUACUUGGAUUACUAGUACAGUCAAACCUGUGUAAGUUGACCACUUGCUGUGCGCUACUUUAGUGGUCAGCUAAAACAGGUGGUCAACUUACAGAGAUUGAAUUAUAUGAUAUAGAUCUAAUUCUGUGCCUGAAAAUAGCUGUCAACUUAGACAGGUGGUCAACUUUACAGGUUUUACUGUAGUUACAGUGCUCGCCAAAUUAUUAGGCUAAGACUUUUAAAAGCAAAUUCUUUAUUGAUUACAUAACUAUAGACACAUUGACGAACAGUGAAAUAAUUAUCUAAUAUUUAGUAUGCAUUCCCUUGUUCUUGAUGAGCAUUUUAAGUCUUUUUGGCAUACUUUUCACAAGGUUUACACCAUUUCUUAACUUUUUAAAAAAGGAGAUAAAAAAUUGUUUAUACUCACUAUUAUAUAUACUCGUAAUCAUACUCACUAAUUACCUAAAACGAACUUUAAAUAUAACAGAACACACUAAUAAAAAGAACUAGUGAACUGUUUAAGCUGAUUGAGAUUACGUUCCUGGUAAGUAGAUAAACAAAGAACAUAAACAAAGCAGACAGUGCUGCUACCUGCAAACAUUAAAUUAUGCUAACAUAACACGUGAUAAUCAGUGUACAGUAUGUACUGUACUUUAACAGUAAAAUAAAUAGUAUUUUAGUACAAAUAGUGAACAAAAAAAAACUCUUUAGUCUAAUACAGGGUUCGUACUCUCCUUCAAAACUCCUCCAAUACUCCUUCAUUUAGGAAUUUUUUUUGAAGGGCCCUUCAAACUCCUUCAUUUUGGUUUUAACUCCUUCAAAGCUCCUUUUUUAGUUCAAGACUACAUAAUCUCCCUCUAUGACAGUAACUUAAAAUACUUUGAUCGACAACUUAGUCCCAAGGGAGAUGGUAUAAGGGCGGUUUUAAUGUAGUAAUUUCAUUUUUUUUCUUAAAAUGUGAUUUACAAUUUGAUCAUAGUUAAGUCACAAAAUUUGAAGGUGAACAUAUUAUUAGAUGACUGAGACAUUUCAUAAGUGAAGUAAAACAUGCUUUAAUUGUGCUUGGCUAUUUUUGCAAGUUUUAUGAUUAUUGUUUUCCCCUCCACCUCAGCAGCAAAAGUCAGAUUGUCUAAUUAUCCUCAUAAAUAUAAUAGCCAAUGAUCCAGUAACGCUGAUGUGACGUCAUCAACAAUGAAACUCGCACCACGUUAUGAUAAUUUGAUAAUAUGUUUUGGUAAUGUUUAAAAUGCAGGGAAAUGCUUUAUUUUGAUAUGGCUGAACUGUUUUACUGGUAAGACUCAUUUUAGAGGAAUGAAGAAACGUAAAAAUGAUCAACAAAAAACGCUAUCUACUGGAGUUUAGGGUUAAUCCACUGGAUGUAGGGUUAAAAUGUCAACUAUCAAAAUAUCACCAAAUAAGCAAUGGCUUCGUUCAAAUGUAGAAGAAAUUUCCAUCCGUCAUACCUUGACGGGCAAGUUAUUUAAAUAUUUAAAAAUACGUAAAUAUUUUAUUAUCAUACAGGCACAUCGUAACAAAAUGUUUAUAAAAAAUAUGACAUGUGACAAGAGGAGGAGUUAGGUGAAGUGUGACACUUCAUGAUAAAGGGGGAAAGGGGUCAAAUAUGUUGAAAAAAAGUGCAACAUCAUUUAAUGAGAGCCCAUUAGUACUCCUUCAAAAUCUCAUUUUACUCCUUCAAAACUCCUCCAUAACUCCUUCAUUUUAUUUCUGAAAUUGAGUACGAACCCUGCUAAUAAUUUGACCAGUACUGUAGAAGAACAGAAGGGGAGGAAGGGUAAACAACUCUCCAAACAUAAAUUCUUAAUGUGUAAGUACUAUGAUUUGAACAAAUGUUAUAUUAAAAUAUUUUGGCAAAGUUUUUCUAUAGAGCAAUGGAAAUGGCAAGACUCUGUGAUAUGCUCAAUACUCAUUGUGCCAAAAUUUAAAAAAAUGAAAGGUUUUUUAGUGCCUUACUUUGAUAUGGACCUCAAGUAUGUUAAUGUAAUGUUCAUAUUAAAAUAAAACCUGUAAAAUAUAAUUGGCUGGCUCAAGAUAAAAACUGUGAUAUUUAAAGAAUUAUUUCUUGCAUUAUAGAUUAAGUAUGACUUAAAGGGGCAAUGAUUUUUUUCGUCAUUUGUCGUUGUUAUUGUACUUUUACAUAUGCUUUGAAAAUUAAUACUUGUGAUUUCUAAGUAUUGUGAUACUGAUUAAGAAGAAGUUGAAUCUUGAUGUUACAAAGUAAAAGGUAGAUAAAAACAAUCUUCCAUUUAGUUUUUCUGUUGAGGAAAAUGAUGAAAAUAACAUUGGGAGUGCUUUUAGUUUAAAUACAUGCUUCAAAUUUCUUUAUCAUGUCCCGAUUGUGAGUUCUUGGAAAGAUCAAGGCCAUAGUUGGUUCUUGCGACAGACUCCAUUACUUGUCACAAAUUAUUUUAUGCUCUUGCUGUUUUCAUAAUCUACAUUUUGAAAUCAGAAAAGAAAUACAAUGCAAGUAUAUAUAGAGGCGUCCCAAGAUAGAAGAUGAUUGUGACCUCCCAAACAAUUUCUUUCCUUGGCAAAUUUCGCAUGAAGAUUCAGAAACCUUGAAUACAGCUUUGCAGUUUUCUUUUUUGACAUGUUGUCUAGCUUUCUCUUUUCAGUAGACGUAGAUAUGUGUGCAUUCUUUUAUUUUAUCAUUUGGAAAAAUUCAGAGUUUCCUUUGGUAAGUUUAGAAUAGGCCCAGAUCUAUAAAUUUUGGGCCCACCUACAGCAAAAUCUGUCGGGCCCCUUCCCAAAGGCCAGCAGUGUAUAAUUACAACGUUGAUAAAUCUUAGUUUCAGUUUUUUUCAAUUUCUUCAACUUUUUCAAGUCCUCAAAUACCCAAUUAGACAUACAGGGUGUUCCAUUUUAACCUGCAAAACAUUUAGUUUCACAACCGUUAGUCCUAGAUAUAUACUUCCAAUUGUAAAAACGUUUAAAAUCAGACACAGAGUUAAUAUAUAUUGAAAUUUAGAAGCAAAAAUAAAAAUGAGUCAAAAAAUACAACAUUUAACUUUUUACACCGGCCCUAGGUCCCCUAACUAAUGUUUAGAGAAAUAAUCUCCACUAAAAACUAUUACAGGCACAAAAAAUUUAACAUUUAUGCUACCAAAACUCAAGGAGAUAUUCCAGUUCAAAGUUUUAAGGGACCAUACAGACAAUUUGAUUGGAACUAAUCGCUUUUUCAGAAGAAUGACGGGUUGUCAAAGUAAGAAAAUCAAGGUAUUCAUAUUUUUCAUUGCUAUUCAAAAAUAAAUGCAUUUGUUAUGCCGUGAUAUGCAAAAACACUAUACAAAGCCUCAAACAAUUGAAAAACCACACUCUAUGCACACAUAUAAUUUUAGACACUGUUAACCAUUAUAUUUUCCCCCAAAAGUCUUAUUGACGGCGAGUAAAACGUGGUGUAAGUCACAAAACACUGCGUUUCAUAUCUCGGUGAAUAUUGCUCGUACUAAUUUCAAACUUUUUGUGUUGGAAUUAUUUUUCAAUGGAGAUUGUUUCCCUUAAUAUAAGUUAGGGGACCUGGGGCCCGUAUAAAAAGUUUAAUUUUGUAUUUUUUGACUUUUUAUUUUCUCUUCAAACUUUCGAUAUCUUAACUCUGCAUCUGAUUUUAAACAUUUUUGCAGUUGGAAGUAUACAUUUAGGACUAACGGUUGCGAAAAUAAAGGUCUUGCAGGUUAAAAUGGAACACCCUGUAUAAAGAGGGCUGAAAAUUAUACUGAACUCAUAAUUUUAAAUAUCCAAAUGAUAUAAUCACAUAAUAAAGAAAAACAAACAAGUAUUAUAGAAGCAAAUGCAAUCAGAUGUCGAAAUGUGUAAAAAUUUGGGGCUAACACAUAAAAGCAUAGGAAAUGGCUGAGAUGCGUAAAUUUUGCUACUAAUCUCUACAGUUUCCAUGAUUUUUCAGCAUUUUGUUCUAAAAACCAUGACUUUCCAUGACCAUUUUUGAUCAUAGUUGAAAUCCAUGACUUUCCAAGUGUGUGGUUCCCUGAUUAAUAGUACAUAAUCAAUAAAUAAGCAGCCAUUUUAAAGUAAUAGGUUUUCAAAAAAAAAAAAAAAAUACUAAUUUAAACCACAUCAUUAUAUUAAAAUAAGAAAAGUAGAAAAUGCACAAAAUUUGAAGAUUUUGUUGGGUGCUCUCAUUCAUUUGCUCAAUUCUUUUACAUGAAAAAUGCUGUUCCUUGUGACCUAGAAAUAAAAGAAUCCCUUCCUUUACAAAUUUAAUGCUUUAUUUACAUUGUUCUUAUCAUUUUAAUGUACCUUUCUUCAAAGCAAACCCAGAAACAUGUUUAAUUCAUAUUCCACCUCCAGUAUUUUGACUACAAAAAGGGUACUUCCUAUAUUUUUUUGGGAGGAACUAUAUUAACAGAUCAUGGUUUUGAGCAUAUAAAACAUCACUAGAAUGAUGGUUAAUGUUUGCGAAAAACAUAUUUUGUAAAUUAAAAGUUCUUUAGCAUGCUUUCUGUGAUACAGAGGUUGACUGUAACUAAAGAAACUAUUUUUAAAUUUUUGACCGAUUUGUUUUCAUGUCAAAAGAAAAGCCCUUUAAUAUUUGCUUUCCAGAAAUGAUAUUUAUUUUUCUGUCUUUCUAUAAUGUAUUUUACACUUGGUAUUGAUAACUUCCUUUAAUUAAAGUACUACAUUUUAUUCAUAUGUAACAAUAUUUUUUUUCAAUAAAAUGU